AUGGAUUAUGAUAUAGAGACUGUAGUUCAGCAGUGUGCACAGUGUCAGCAGUUGAGGAAUCUACCUCCCGACGCCCCUUUGCAGCCUUGGGAAUGGCCAGAGAAGCCGUGGUCCAGAUUACAUCUAGAUUAUGCAGGGCCAUUUAUGGGCAAGAUGUUUCUGGUGGUAAUUGAUGCACAUUCUAAGUGGAUUGAUGUUCACGCCACAAAUUCGGCUACUUCAUCUGCUACCAUUGAAAAAUUACAAGUUACUUUUGCGUCACAAGGUUUACCCGAGAUUGUAGUGACGGAUAAUGGCACGAACUUCUGCAUUUCAUUUAAGGUGAAAUUGCUGGAUGGACGAACGGUGCGACGUCAUCUGGACUACGUAAGAAGAAGAGAUAGACUGGAUGAAGAGGAGGGCAACGCGGAUGAUUUAUCUCCACCAGUUGUGGACAUCGUGAAUUCAGCAUCGGGAGCCAGUGAACAAGGUUCGGAACCAUCUAGUUCAGUUUGGGAACAACAGCCCGGGCAUGGAUCGAAGCCCCGACAGCCAGCUCUGGAGCAACCCUCGGGGGAGGUGACAUGUCGUCGGUCAGAGAGACUUCGCAAGGAACCAGAUCGUCUGCAGAUCACUUGGGAUUAA